AUGACUUCUUAUUCUUGUUCCCAUUGUUUGUGUCCAAGGCUAGCGGAACUGUUUACGAUGUCAACUUUGGGCAAUUCAAAUAAUAUAUUUUGGCAAGAAUGUCAAGUAGAAAAGCUUGACAGGCAGAAGCUACUAAACCAAAAAGGAUGUGUUGUGUGGAUUACGGGUCUCAGUGGAUCAGGAAAAAGCACAUUAGCCUGCUCGUUAAGCAGAGAACUUCACUCAAGGGGAAAGUUGUCUUAUGUCCUUGAUGGAGAUAACCUUCGGCAUGGAUUAAACAAAGAUCUUGGUUUUAAACCAGAAGAACGUGCUGAAAAUAUACGCAGAACUGGAGAAGUAGCAAAGCUCUUUGCUGAUGCUGGUUUAAUAUGUGUUGCCAGUCUGAUAUCUCCAUAUAGAAAAGAUCGUGACAUGUGUCGUGCCAUGAUGACUGAUUCUAAUUUUAUUGAGGUCUUCAUGAACAUGCCUCUAGAACUGUGUGAGGAGCGAGAUCCAAAAGGACUUUAUAAGCUUGCUCGUGCUGGAAAGAUCAAAGGCUUUACUGGUAUUGAUGAUCCUUAUGAACCGCCCGAAAACUGUGAGAUAGAAAUAAAACAGAUAGAUGGAGUUUGCCCACUACCUACUGCCAUGGCUGGACAAGUAGUUUCUUAUUUGGAAGGGAAAGGAUUUCUUGCAUCCUAGGAACUUGAUAGCCUUCAUCUCUUGGAUGAUCCUCCGCAAUAUAAGUAUGCUUUUUCAGUUAUAUGUGAUGUGGGAUAAAGAAAGGAGGCUUUUAAUGUUUUAAUAACUACAAAGUCUUGAGUGGAUAAACAUAUGAUUUUAACUUAGCUUGUGAUUGUGUUCUUUGCACCCCUGAUCUUUCCUUCUGAUUGUGAUUGCGACUACUCUAUUUUUACAAGCUGACAGUUUCGAAUAUAUUUUGCACUUGAAGGUUAGAUUCAGAAUCUGCUUAGCACGUGCUUGCCAUGGCCAGUCUCACGCUGAAGCUUCUGACAGAUGAAUAAGCCAUAUGGGCCCGGCCCUAUAAGUUGUUUAUUUUUGUAAGCAGACAAACUCGAAUGUAUAUUUGUAUCAUUUUUCUUAAGAAUUGUUUGGGAAUUGGGAUUACCUAUAUUUUAGUACCCCACAAGCCUUUACUAUUA